UAGCAAUGGUGGAAGGGGAAUGUUGACGAAUGAUGAUGUUCUUCCUGGAUAAAACAGAGAGAAGAUCAGAAACAAAUAUUUUACAGCGCAACUGAACGCAAAGUUUGUAAAAGAAUCUCCGAUGGAAUAAAUAUGUCCCUACAGUGGGAGCAGCCGUGCAGCACAGAUCCCAUAGGGUAAGAGAUCAUUCAUUCCUCCCUGACGUUCCAGAUCCGACUAAUGAAGCAGAAUUUCCAGUCCCGCUGGGAUACGCUAAGGAGCCCGGAGCCUGAGGGUGGAAGCCAUAGAACACACACAGCAGCCCCGGCAGGUUACCUGACGUCUAUAGAGCCCCCUCCCCUUUCUCCUGGAGAGAGGGAGCAAGAGCCCAAUUCACUGAAAGCCGCUGUACAGACGAGACAUAAGCUUCCCUUGCCCAUCUGUGCCCGGCUGGCUUGGCAUUCCAGGAAUCUGGCAUCUCCCAUUGGAACCGACAGGCUACCUGAGCAGAUGAGUAUAUACAAGUGCACUGAGCUGGUUCACCCUCAAGCCAAACUGCGCUUUCCCUACAUCUACAGAAGCAAGGAGCCCUGCCCCACACUAGGGGGCGAUAAAGAAGAAACCUCGAAGGAAAACAAGGAUGAAAAGUCAGGGGAGACGGAACCACAGGGAAAGGUGGAAACCAUUUCAGAGAAGAUAAAUUCAGAGAAGAACGAGGAAUCUCUGGCCCCUGAGAAUGAAUAUGAGGAGAAGUUCAGCCAAAGCCUCAACCACAUCCCAAAGCUGCGCUACUCCCUGGGGUACGACCACCAGAAGAGAGAACUGUGUGUGUCUUUCCUAGAAGCUGUUGGUUGCCCACUUACCAAAGAGGAGGACUCUGGGAGUCACAGCUACAUCGUGGGCACUCUCACCAGCAAUGGUGGGCAAACAGAAGCCCAGACCUCGCUGAUGAAUAGGACCCCACAUACAGUUUGGGACGAGGCUCUGCUGUUCCCCUUAUCAGAGGAGGAACGAGUAGAGGCUGAGCUAACACUCACCUUGAGGCACUGUGACCGCUACUCCAGGCACCAGGUAGCCGGGGAAAUCACCCUGAGUCUGGCUAAUCUAGGGGUUCCCUUUGGAGCAGCUCGGUGGGUGGACCUCAGACCUCCAGAGAAGGAAUUAGAAGGUUCUGGCGAGGUUCUCCUCUCCCUGAGUUACCUCCCUGCGGCCAGCCGGCUUAUUGUUGUUGUGAUAAAAGCCAGGAAUAUACAUUGCGACCAGUAUAAUAACCUGCUGGGUAAAGAUCUAUCCAUUAAGGUCAUCCUCAAGCACCAAUCGCAGAAGCUGAAGAAGAAACAGACCAAGCGCACGAAGCACAUGAUUAACCCAGUUUGGAACGAGAUGGUUAUGUUUGAGGUUCCCCAAGAAUUGCUUGGAGAUGUUUAUGUGGAGCUGCAGAUGGUCUGCGUGAAGCCCGAUAGGAGUGGGAACCACAUCUUGGGUACGUGCAAUUUGGGUGCAGAAUGGACCGGUACUGGGAAAAACCACUGGCUAGAAAUGAUGAAUAACCCUAGAAGACAAAUAGCCUUCUGGCACCGUUUGAACACAUGACCAUAUUGUCCAGCCACAAGUAUGAAGCCGGGCACAAUGUUCCCCACCUGGUCAACAGUUCCCUUGCUUGCGCCACCUGUAUUUGCCAGAUAUGUCAGGUUAAUACCAGUAACCCCCCAUUUUCACAAGCUUGCCAUAACCUUAUAGCCAUAUUUGUGUGUUUCGGUACGAGAGAUCUUCAUUAAUAAUAGGGUCAUCAAGCAGGAGCCCAUUAAAACUUAAAGCUUGAUGAGCCUUGAUGAACUGAGAUUCUAGAUCACCAACACCCCAUAAUAUAACCAUCUUCGUGGUUAAUAGAGAUAGGAAAUUGCAUCCUUUGGUCAACGGCAGAACUUCAACCUUCAGGUUUAUCUUUACUCCUCUUUCACCAAUGUUCUGCCCUUCCUGGGGUCCGUACCUAGGUCCUUCUUGGGCAGAACUGCUCGUCCAGAGCUUUUUCAUUUUAUACAGUUGUUGGCGGCUGAAGAGGAGAAUCAGUUGGGUUCUGAUAGGGAUGUGGUUGGUACCCAACCGUGACCCAAAAUUUUGGAAGGGGAACAUCUGAAUGGUCAAGUAGGUUCAAGCUGAUGGCACUUUUCAGCUGAAAUUUCUUUUACUUUGACUUGAAUGGGAAAUGCCUGACAGAGCCACUAGGGGUGGAUUUCAGCCCAUAAACAUGUGCAAUCAGGGUGGUUUCCUAACAGCGUUGCUCCGCCCACACUGCAGCCAUCCAUCAAAGAUUAAACCUUGACAGGACAAGUAGACCAGCAACUACAAGGUGGUCUAGAACUAUGAUCUAGCACAGUGGUUUCUAAUCUAUAGGCGGGGGGGGCGGGGGGGGGGGUGGCCAGGAGCAGUGGUAGAGGCCAAAAGGCCAGUUAGGGUGAUUUGUUAUGAGAUAAGGGGGUGCCUUGACCAAAGUUUAGUCUCUAAAGGUGGGGUAUGAACCAAUAAAGCACAAUAAUCAUUAAUCUAAAGGAACCGAGAUGUACAGUGUUAGAAUGUCCCAUGGGCUCCAGGUCUCCAACAAUAAAAAGUGAAGAUUUUCUCAAUUUCGCCAUGUAUGCUGCAUGUAUCUACUCAUGGAUAUUUUAUAUUUCUCCAUAACGUUAAGGUACACAGGGCAGGCAGCCUUGGUUGCUAUGGGUGACCAGACCUGGAGCAACUGCUCAUUAUUAUGUUACCUCCUUUGCUCAUUGUACCCUCAGUAGUUCUCCUCAGUAGUUCUGUAGCAGGCAUUUAUCACUACUGCUUCGGGCCAUCGGCCUGGGGCUCACAGCUUGGGUUGCUUGCGGUCAGAUUAAACUUUAGGUCCAUGUUGCUCACUAAUAAACAUUAUAAAAACUAAA